AUGGGCGUCAUCAAGAAGAAGACGGGCACCCGGGGCACCGAGGGCGGCAUCAAGUAUGUCUGCGACGUCUGCUCGUCCGACAUCACCUCGACCGUCCGCAUACGUUGCGCAAACGACGACACCUGCCACGAAUACGACCUCUGCGUGCCGUGCUUCUCCGACGGCAAGUCGUCGCGCGACCACGACCCUGCCACCCACGCCUUCAAAGUCGUCGAGCAGCAUUCCAUACCCAUAUACACCGAGGACUGGGGCGCAGACGAGGAGCUGGCUCUGCUCGAGGGCGCUGAGACGUACGGACUAGGCUCAUGGGCCGACAUUGCAGACCACAUUGGCGGCUUCAGGGAGCGCGACGAGGUCCGCGACCACUACAUCUCCACAUACGUGCAGAGCUCCAACUUCCCCCUACCAGAGCAUGCCAGCAAGGACGACAUCGCGCUCAGUGAGCGCAUCCCUCGGGCUGAGUUCCAAGCCCGCAAGAAGAGGAGGAUAGAGGACAAGAAGGAAGAGGCCAAGAAUGCAGCCCCUGCUACGCCCAAGCAGAAGCCCACCGCCAGCGUGCCGUCCUGUCACGAGGUCCAAGGCUACAUGCCCGGUCGCCUGGAGUUUGAAACCGAAUACUUCAACGAGGCCGAAGAGGCAGUCCAGCACAUGUCCUUCGAUCCCGGCGACGGCAUCAACCCCCGAACGGGCGAAAUGGAGCCCGAGAUGGAGCUCAAGAUGACCAUCAUGGACAUCUACAACUCGCGACUGGACGCUCGAGUCGAGAGGAAGAAGAUCAUCUUCGAACACAAACUGCUCGAGUACAGGAAGAACCAAGCGUCCGACAAGAAGCGCACAAAGGAAGAGAAGGAUCUGCUGAACAAGGCGAAACCAUUUGCGCGCAUGAUGAAGCAUGACGACUUUGAGAUUUUCUGCAAAGACCUCGAGUACGAGCACAAUCUGCGACAGGCCAUCUCCCAGCUGCAGGAGUGGAGGAACAUGCAGAUUACGAACCUGAAAGCUGGCGAAAAGUACGAGCAGGAGAAACAGACAAGACAGUCUCGAGGACCUCCCGUUGGCCAGUUCGACCGCCUGGCUUCCAACAGAAUUGGCAAGCCCACGCCUCCCUUUGAGCAGCCCUCUGCCGCAACCGCUUUGAUUGGUCCAGAGCUUCCUCUCCACAUCAAGCAAAGGAGCGGACUUACCACACCGCCUCCGGACCGUACAGCCAAUGGCGUCAACGGCACCAACGGCGUUCUCACCCCACAAUACACCAAGACCAAGUUCCACGUGAAGCAGCUUCCAAACACCGUGCCUCUGAAGUUUGGCAAGGAGUCUGCCGCUGAUCUGCAACUGUUGACACCGGAAGAGCGCGAGCUGUGCAGCGUACUGCGCAUCAUGCCGAAGCCGUACAACGUGCUCAAGGAGAAGAUUGCACGGGCUGCACUGAGCAACAACGGCGCGCUGAACAAAAAGGCUGCCAAGGAGCUCUUGGCCAUCGACCCGAGGAAGUCGUCGCAGCUGUUUGAAUAUUUCGUGCACAGCGGAUGGAUCGCCAGGGCAUAG